UCUUCUGGUCUGGUUGUAAAACAUAUGGAAAAGACAGACUGCUACUUUUCGACUUAAAAAAUUUUCAAUUUAAAAAAACCAACACCUUUUUGGCCACGAUUUUUGAAAUUUACGCCGAGAAAGAGGCAAAUUUUUGACAGUAAGUAAAAGUUUAAAAUCCAAAAUCGAAACAAUCCAAAGGCGAACUCAAGAGGAAAAUAUUUGUAUGAUUAAUCAUUUUGUCAGUAAAAGAACGGUGGCUAAAUCAUGUUGGUUCAAAAAUGUGUCCGGGCUGGACUUCGUCCUCUCAGGACUUUGCUGAAAGGUACAUCCAACUCGAAACUCUCCUUUCCCCCUCAAUCCUUCAACUACGGCAUCCUUUCCCAAGAAUUUGUCCAAAUAUUUGAGACGAGAGAAAAGUAUCUUACGAUGCCUUUAGAACAGAAAAGGGAGCUCUACAAAUCUGAAUUUGUUAAACUAAAAGACAUAGUGCCAUGGUCAGAACACUAUGAAAAGGACAACUACAGGCUGAAAGCCCAGUUUAAAGAAUAUUUCAAGGACAAAUCGAUAGAAGGGGAAUAUCCAGUCAACGAAGAAAUCAACAAAAAAGUAGCCAUAAUGAGUGGCGAUAUAACAUUAUUGGAAGUCGAUGCUAUUGUGAAUGCUGCUAAUAAUAGUUUAUUGGGCGGUGGCGGAGUUGACGGUGCCAUCCACAGGGCAGCUGGGCCUGACCUUUUAAAAGAAUGCCGUAUGCUCAACGGUUGCAAAACUGGUGAAGCAAAACUUACUGGAGGAUAUCAGUUGCCUGCUAAGUAUGUUAUCCAUACCGUCGGUCCUAAAGGAGAAAAGCCCGAUCUAUUGAAAUCAUGUUAUCAAAAGUGUUUAGAAAUCGCUGCCGGUGAACAAAUGAGAUCAAUUGCAUUCCCAUGCAUUUCAACUGGCAUAUAUGAUUAUCCCCAGGAAGCAGCUGCCUUGGUGGCUUUAAAGGUUGUUAGGACAUACCUAGAGGCAAAUCCUAAAAAUCUCGAUUUGGUCGUUUUUUGCACAUUCCUGCCAACUGACCUGACAAUUUAUGAAAACCUAAUGCAGUUGUUUUUCCCACAGAGUUAAUUCAAAUUGGAUUAUAUGUGUGUAAUAAUUGUUAAAUACAUUGAAAAUGUAACUGUUUGGUUUCCUCUCUUGCAUAUCUUAAAAUUUACUUAUAUUUUUAAAAAAAUUGUCAUCAUUAAAAAAAACAAUAAUUUUUGUAUCAAAAAUAUUCACUCAGACAUAAUAUUAUUUUUGUGCAUAAUUUUGAAUAAUUACAACUAUUAGAAUAAUUAAUUACAUAACCAAUUUACAAAGUACAUGAGUUAAUAUUGUUUUUAAAAUUUUCUGUAAUGUUGGGGAGAUUGUUUUCAGAAGAAAAAAAUGCAAGAAAAAUAAAACCAAUUUUUUUGUUAAAUUAAAAAAAUAACCCAAAAUUUGAACAGUUGAGGAAAGAGUGUCUUGAACUAGAAAAUAUCUCAUAGCAUUUUGUAAAAUACUAAUCUGAAGAAAUUAUAAAUAAAUGGUUA